AUGGAGGUGGCAAUGAAAUCGUGGGAGCUCGAUAACGACAUCAAGCUUGUCGAUCCCGUACGAGACGCCCUCUACAACUACUCCGACGACCGCCAGACCGAAGUAAACUCUGCAAAACCCUGGAAAGAUAACCCAAACCACUUUCAACAUGUACGCAUCAGCGCCGUCGCCCUCAUCAAGAUGGUCAUGCACGCCAGAACAGGCGGCUCUAUCGAAGUUAUGGGGUUGAUGCAAGGCUACACGGACGGCGACACUAUUGUCAUUACGGAUGCUUUUGGUCUCCCCGUAGAGGGCACAGAGACGCGUGUUAAUGCUCAGGACGAUGCCAAUGAAUACAUGAUUCAAUACCUACAGCUCUCCCGCGACCAAGGUAGCCGUCAAGAAAACGUUGUGGGUUGGUACCAUAGUCACCCCGGCUACGGCUGCUGGCUCAGCGGCAUCGACGUCGGCACACAAAGCAUGCAGCAGAAAUUCAACGAUCCUUUCGUCGCAGUGGUUAUUGACCCAGAUCGUACCAUCAGCGCAGGCCGCGUCGAGAUCGGUGCCUUCCGCACAUACCCUGAUAACUACCAACCCACAGAACCAUCCACUUCCUCAUCCUCAGGCCAAGCCGUACCGUUGUCCAAAGCCGAAGACUUCGGUGCUCACGCGAGCAAGUACUAUAGUCUAGGAGUGUCGCAUUUCAAGUCAACGCUAGACUCAAGCCUACUGGAGCUGCUGUGGAGCAAGUACUGGGUGCAGACCCUAUCGCAGAACCCGCUACUGACAAACCGCGACUACGGCGACAAGCAAAUGCUAGACCUAGGCUCCAAAAUCCGCGAAGCCACCCUGUCAUGUCAGCGCAACUCUAGGGGAGGUCUCGGUGCGGGAAGCAAGGCGCUCGACGCGGAGAUGGACAAGCUUGCCCGCACAAGCCACUCCGUCGCCAUGAAUGAGAAGCAAGGGCUUAUGGCGAUUGAAGUCAAAGCUAAGAUUUUCAACGGGCUGGGUGAUACUACUACUACUACCACUACCACUACGAAUCCAGCUCCGGAUACUAUUAUUACUACAACGUAG